ACUUCUGUCUCGACGGAUACCAAAAGAUUGGCGUGUGUCAUUGGUCAGCGGGAUCGUCUGUGCCAGCGCUAACCCCUUGAGACCGCCUGCGGAGCUCAACGCGAAUCUUUCCGAUACCCAACAUCUUUCUCUCACACCUCGUCAACCCCCUCCAUCCUCUUCUCUCCUCCGGCCAAUUGUCAACAUGCUUUCCAGGACGAUCAGAAGGAAUCUUGCGACUCCUUUCAGGCGCAAUGCCUUUGCUGUCCGCCGAGUGACAACAGACGCUGCCAGCUCUCACGCCGACAAGGAAGCUGUGCCAAAGGACAAUGAUGCUCCCUUCGAGGUCCGCCUCUCCGACGAGAGCUUCGAGACGUACGAGCUGGACCCGCCGUCUUACACCCUCAACACCACCAAAUCCGAGCUGAAGCAGAUGUACUACGAUAUGGUCGCUGUACGACGCAUGGAGAUGGCCGCCGAUAGGCUUUACAAGGAGAAGAAGAUCCGAGGUUUCUGUCACUUGUCCACCGGUCAGGAGGCCGUCGCCGUUGGAAUGGAACACGGUAUUGAGAAGUCCGAUCACGUUAUCACCGCCUACCGAUGCCACGGCUACGCCAUGAUGCGCGGAGGAACCGUCAAGUCGAUCAUUGGUGAACUUUUGGGCCGCAGAGAAGGUAUCGCCUACGGAAAGGGUGGUUCCAUGCACAUGUUCGCCCCCGGUUUCUACGGUGGUAACGGUAUUGUCGGUGCUCAGGUUCCCGUCGGCGCCGGUAUCGCCUUUGCGCAACAGUACGAGAACAAGAAGAACGUCACACUCGCCUUGUACGGUGAUGGUGCUUCCAACCAGGGUCAGGUCUUCGAGGCUUUCAACAUGGCCAAGCUAUGGAACCUCCCUGUGAUCUUCAGCUGCGAGAACAACAAGUACGGUAUGGGUACCGCUGCUAACCGCUCCUCUGCCCUCACCGAUUACUACAAGCGUGGUCAAUACAUCCCCGGUCUCAAGAUCAACGGUAUGGAUGUUCUCGCUGUCAAGGCUGCUACACAGUUCGGAAAGGAAUGGUGUGCUGCUGGAAAGGGACCUCUCGUCUACGAAUUCGUCACAUACCGAUAUGGAGGACACUCCAUGUCCGACCCCGGAACCACCUACCGAACCCGCGAGGAAAUCCAGCGUAUGCGUAGCACCAACGACCCCAUUGCCGGCCUUAAGCAGAAGCUUCUCGACUGGGGCGUCACCUCUGAGGAAGAGCUCAAGUCCAUUGACAAGGACGCUCGUGCCAAGGUUGAUGCUGAGGUCGCCGAGGCCGAGAAGAUGGAUGCCCCUGAGCCUACUGGCACAACGCUUUACGAAGACAUCUAUGUCCGCGGCUCAGAGCCCGAGUUCUUGAGGGGAAGAAUCCCUGAAGAGAACUUCUACUACACCGAGGCCAACCUUGGUGGAGAGAAGCCUGCCGUCGCUAGGACCUAAACGUGUCAAGAUUCGAGGCCAAGGACCUGGAUGACGAGAGGGAGAGACUGUAACACUACUCACACAUUUUGGUGCGACUGUUUCUUGCGCGUCUGAGGUUCAGCGGGGCAUGGAGUGUAUCUUGGGGUAUUAAUGUAACAACUUCUUUUGAACUGGAUAGUGUAGGCUAAAUAGAUUCUUCUUCUUGAUAUCCUGCUCGGUGUAUUUUUGUGUCAUACAAUCCAAAAUAAGAGACCACGCAUGCUGGGCUGUAGCACGAUCGCUAUAAAUAACAAGCCUUGGAAAUGAACGGGCAAAGUACAACG